ACACAGAUGGAACAUGCCUAUAAAAAUGCCAGCCGCUUGCACAUGAAAUAAAGGACAUCCAUAAAGUGAUGAUUUAUUAGGAGCAUAAUGUUGGAGUAUUCCGUCAUCAUGGGCUUUCUCUCUCUCGUUUUUUCUUUUCUUAAUUUUAUUUUUUCUUUUGGAGGAAUAAAAAUGAUGUGAUGUAAGGCGUGAGAAACUGCAAUAUUUAGGCAACAGUGUGCCUGUGUGAAACCCGAUGCGUGCCAGCAACAUCUUCGGGGGACAGCAGCGGACUGCUUUGGCAGCUGCUGUCUCACAAUUUGACAUUUUGUGAUCCUGCCUUUCAAGGACAGAAUAUUGUGCAAAUAAUACUUGAACCGAAAAGUGAGUAAGGAUUAAGCGUUUACCAUGGACCUAAAGGAUAUUUACCUGUUGGCUACUUUAGUUGCCUGCUUUUGGCUAGACCCUGCUAUAGCCCAGGAGCUGGUCUAUUCUAUCAAAGAGGAGCUGCCUGAAAAUGCACUAAUUGGAAACAUACCAAAGGAUUUGAACAUUUCUCAUAUUAAUGCAGCCACUGGAACUAGUGCCAAUCUAGUCUACAAGCUCGUUGCCAAAACUGGGGAUAACACUUUGGUCAGAGUGUCAAGCAGUACAGGGGAACUAUUUACAACUGCUAACAGAAUUGACAGAGAGAGACUUUGUGCUGGCCCCUCUUAUGAAGAAAAUGAAUGCUCUUUCGAGAUUGAGGUUGUCAUCCUCCCUAAUGACUUCUUUAGACUCAUCAAAAUCAAAAUUAUAGUCAAGGACACCAAUGACAAUGCUCCUAUGUUUCCAUACCCAGUCAUCAACAUUUCAAUUCCGGAAAAUACAGUGAUAGACAGCCGGUUCUCCAUUCCAUCAGCCACAGAUCCCGAUGUUGGAGUGAACGGUGUACAGCAUUAUGAACUAGUCAACGGCCAGAGUGCCUUUGGUCUGGAUAUUGUUGAGACCCCAGAAGGUGAGAAAUGGCCUCAACUGAUUGUUCAGAAAGAACUGGACAGAGAACAGAAAGACACUUAUGUAAUGAAAAUAAAGGUGGAGGAUGGAGGGAGCCCCAAGAAGUCAAGUACUGCAAUCUUACAGGUGACUGUAAGUGAUGUCAAUGAUAACAGACCCCAGUUCAAAGACAACCAAAUUGAAGUUAUUAUACCAGAAAAUGCACCCGUGGGAACAUCUGUAGUGCAACUGCAAGCAACAGAUGCAGAUAUUGGAACCAAUGCCGAAAUCAGAUACAUCUACAGCACCCAAGUUUCCCCAGCUACGAAACGGCUCUUUGCUUUGGAUGGAAACACUGGACUUAUUACUGUUCAGCGACCUUUAGAUAGAGAAGAGACAGCUAUACACAAGGUGACAGUCCUAGCCAGUGAUGGGAUGCCUAGUCCUGCCAGAGCUACUGUAACUAUUAAUGUGACGGAUGUUAAUGACAAUCCUCCAAAUAUUGAUUUGAGGUAUAUUAUCAGUCCAAUUAAUGGAACGGUUUUCCUUUCUGAAAAGGAUCCCAUCAACACAAAAAUUGCCCUGAUUACAGUCUCUGACAAGGACAUCGAUGUGAAUGGUAAAGUAAUUUGUUUUAUUGAAAAAGAUGUUCCUUUCCAUCUAAAGGCAGUAUAUGAUAACCAGUAUUUGUUAGAGACUUCUUCACUUUUGGACUAUGAGGGCACCAAAGAAUACAGCUUUAAAAUUGUUGCUUCUGAUUCUGGUAAGCCCAGCUUAAAUCAGACAGCUUUAGUGAGAGUUAAGCUGGAAGAUGAAAAUGACAACCCUCCCAUUUUUAGCCAGCCUGUAAUUGAGCUGUCAGUUCUCGAAAACAAUGUACGUGGUUUGUACCUCACGACUAUAAGUGCUACAGAUGAGGACAGUGGUAAGAAUGCAGAAAUCGUCUACCAGUUGGGACCCAAUGCCUCCUUUUUUGAUUUAGAUCGUAAAACAGGAGUUUUGACAGCCUCUAGAGUUUUUGACAGAGAGGAGCAAGAACGUUUUCUUUUUACAGUCACAGCACGAGAUAAUGGGACUCCUCCACUUCAGAGCCAGGCGGCUGUUAUUGUAACUGUCCAAGAUGAGAAUGACAACAGUCCUAAGUUUACCCAUAAUCACUUUCAGUUUUUUGUAUCAGAGAACUUACCAAAGUACAGCACCGUGGGAGUGAUCACAGUCACAGACUCAGAUGCAGGAGAGAAUGCCGCUGUGACUCUUUCCAUUCUGAACGAUAAUGACAACUUUAUAUUAGACCCAUACACUGGAGUUAUAAAGUCCAAUGUUUCAUUUGACAGAGAACAGCAAAGCUCUUAUACAUUCGACGUUAAGGCCAUGGAUGGGGGCCGACCUCCUCGUUCCUCUGCUGCUAAAGUGACCAUAAAUGUCAUAGAUGUCAAUGACAAUAGCCCCGUUGUCAUAUACCCACCCUCAAAUACUUCAUUUAAGUUGGUUCCUCUCUCUGCCAUUCCGGGAUCUGUGGUAGCAGAGGUUUUUGCAGUUGAUGUCGAUACAGGUAUGAACGCUGAGCUCAAAUAUACAAUUGUUAGUGGAAAUAAUAAAGGAUUGUUUAGGAUAGACCCAGUGACUGGUAAUAUUACCCUAGAGGAAAAGCCAACUUCUCUUGAUGUGGGCCUGCAUCGAUUAGUGGUCAACAUAAGCGAUCUUGGUUACCCCAAGUCUUUGCAUACCCUUGUUUUGGUUUUUCUGUAUGUGAAUGACACUGUAGGUAAUGGCACUUACAUAUAUGACUUGAUUCGAAGGACUAUGGAAACUCCCUUGGACAAAGCGAUUGGCGGCAGCAGUGAGACUUACCAGAAUGGAGACUACCUGACAAUCAUGAUUGCUAUUCUAGCAGGUGCAAUGGUUGUUAUAGUAGUUAUCUUUGUCACUGUGCUGGUACGCUGCCGUCACGCUUCAAGAUUUAAAGCUGCACAGAGAAAUAAGCAAGGGGCUGAGUGGAUGUCUCCCAAUCAGGAGAACAAACAGAAUAAGAAAAAGAAACGAAAGAAAAGGAAAUCACCUAAGAAUUCUCUGCUGAAUUUUGUUACAAUUGAGGAGUCUAAACCUGAUGACCCUGUGCAUGAGCCAAUUAAUGGAACUAUAAGCCUUCCAGCUGAGCUUGAGGAGCAGGGUAUAGGAAGAUUUGACUGGAGCACAGCACCGACUACAACCUUUAAACCUAACAGCCCUGACCUGGCUAGGCAUUAUAAGUCUGCCUCUCCACAGUCUGCUUUUCAUCUCAAAGCAGACACUCCAGUGUCAGUGAAAAAGCAUCAUGUGAUUCAGGAACUCCCUUUGGACAACACCUUUGUUGGGGGUUGUGACACCCUUUCGAAGCGAUCCUCUACUAGUUCAGACCACUUCAGUGCCUCAGAGUGCAGCUCCCAGGGAGGCUUCAAGACAAAGGGCCCCUUGCACACCAGACAGGGAACAUUAACCCGUGCCAGAACUGAACUGAAUCCUGAAUAUCUGGACCUUCGAUCCCGAGCAGAACUGAAUUCCGAGUAUUGGACCCCGUGCACACCCCUAUCACAGAGGCGUGUUACAUUUCACCUACCCGAUGGCUCCCAGGAAAGCUGCAGUGACAGUGGCCUAGGGGACCAUGAGCCUGUGGGCGGUGGAACUCUGAUCUCACACCCUCUUCCUCUGGUUCAGCCGCAGGACGAAUUCUACGAACAGGCCUCGCCGGACAAGAGGACUGAAGCGGAUGGCAACUCUGAUCCCAACUCUGAUGGCCCACUUGGACCUAGGGGACUAGCUGAAGCCACAGAGAUGUGUACCCAAGAGUGUUUAGUUCUUGGACACUCUGACAACUGUUGGAUGCCUCCUGGGCUAGGAUCCUACCAGCAUCCCAAGUCCCCACUCUCCACCUUUGCCAACCAAAAGGAAUGGGCCAAGGAUAAAUUAGUGAAUGGACAUACAUUGACAAGAAACUGGAAAGAAGAUGGCACCAGGAACCAGUUUGGGGACCGAAAGCAGUUUGGAAGUGCGGAAGGCCAUUUCAACAGUGGCAAUCAUAUGACAGACAUUCCGCUGGCUAACUUGAAAUCAUAUAAACAGGUUUCUGGGACUGAUAGCCCAAAGGAGCACCAGCUAUAAGAAGUCUCCAGGUGAUCAUAUACUGUAGGCAGAUGUUGAAAGUCAUGUAGGCUUUUGAUGUCGACUCCUGCUACUGCUGUUCAAUAGAGUUAAUGUACUUAGUAGGCCUGUAGACCAGUGCUUAUAUUCAGCAAGUAUAUACAAUUCUACAUUAUGUUGACACCACCGAUGGUAUUGGAUCCUUGACUUGAGCAUACAGUAAAACCUUACAAAAUACUUGUAAAACUCACUUUCAAGUAUAUGUGAUCUUCAUUUCUGAAGAACAGAAGGCUAAAGAGUUUUUUUUUUUCUUUUCUUUUUUUUUAAUAUAGUGGCUAAAUAAUAUAUUCAGAUAUUGAGAUAUUGUGAUGUGAUUGUUGUUGAGCUAUUCUGGGACUAUAUUACUUGACACAGUUGAAGAACAUGGACAUAUAAAAUUGAAAAAAAAAUUGUGCUAUUAACACAGUUAGUGGACACUUGUUGAGUCUGUCAUUGUUGAAGUGUUUGUAAAUAGGACAAGUUAAUACUAACCAAUUUUGUGUACCUGUACUACUCACUCAACAGACUAUGACGGUUCAUAUUUUAUAGGCAUUUUUGUUUUGCUUUAAAUUACUCAUUUCUUUCUGUAAAAAUAUGCAUUUUGUAGUCUGACACAUUCAUAUUCAUACACUCAGAAAUGCUUGUGACUAGGUUAACACAAGUUAUUUAAUCUCAGACUUACAGGAAAUACUCUAAAUUUCUCCUGACUGUCAUUGAAACACCACUGUGCUUGGAGCAAAUUUUAAUUUAUUUUUAACUAUUUUUCUACCACUUACAUUAGUAAUGAUAUAUCUUUUUACUAAAUCUUUGCUUUUUUAAUUUCACAAAAAAAAAAAA